AUGGGUGAAAACUGCCCAUCAGCAGAAGCCGUCCAGAGAUACAUUAAAGUUAAGAACGAAUUGGAUAAGAUUUCCUACGACCGGGCAAGAGGAGCAUGUGUGCGCUCCAAGGCCCGUUGGCAUGAGUUCGGCGAACGAAGUUCGAAAUAUUUUCUUAAUCUUGAGAGACGAAAUUAUGAAAAUAAAUGCAUUACCAGCCUUAUACAAGAAAACGGAAGCAGUAUCACGGACCCAAAGGAAAUCCUAAAAGAACAAAAAAGAUUUUAUCAAUCCUUAUAUUCCUCGCAAAAUCCUCAAGUAAACGAUCCUAAAUUCAAAGUGUUCUUCGAUAAUGACAAGGUAGAAAAGCUGAAUGAUGAACAAAGAAAGAACUGCGAAGGCUUGCUGACGGAGAAUGAGUGCUGGAAUGCUUUAAAAUGUUUCCAAAAAAACAAAUCCCCUGGCAAUGACGGUUUUACUGCCGAAUUUUACAGCUUCUUCUGGAGUCAAUUAGGCAAGAUAAUGGUAAACAGUUUUAAUUAUGGAUUCCAUAAAGGUGAGCUGUCAAUUUCUCAAAGACAAAGCAUCAUACGUCUUAUUCCAAAAAAGAACAAAAAUUUAUUGUAUCUUAAAAACUGGAGACCUAUUUCACUUUUAAAUGUGGAUUAUAAGAUUGCCUCUAAAGCUUUAGCUCUCAGACUAAAAAAGGUUCUAUCGGCAGUUAUAAAUAACACACAAACUGGUUACGUAGAGGGAAGAUUUAUCGGUGAAAACAUCAGACUUAUAAGCGACAUCCUCAAUUUCACCGUUGACCAGGACAUAGAGGGAAUUGCUUUAUUCAUCGAUUUUGAAAAAGCAUUCGAUAGUUUAGAAUGGGAGUACCUAUUUAAAGCUCUAGAUACCUUUCAAUUUGGACCCGACUUUAAGACUUGGGUGAAAACUCUGUACACAAACAUUUCUAGCUGCAUAAUAAACAACGGCUUCGUCUCCGAUUCAUUUACUUUAAAGAGAGGAGUAAGACAAGGCUGCCCUUUGUCUGGCUUGUUGUUCAUUUUAGCCGCAGAAUUACUGUCUUGCUCAAUAAGAGCUGAUGAACAUAUAAAGGGAAUUCGAGUCCUAAACAAAGAAAUAAAAUUAUCUCAAUAUGCCGAUGACACCACCUCCUUUUGCAAAGAUAAAGAGUCGCUUGGGAAACUGUUAGAGUUAUUAGACCUAUUUAAAGAUUGCAGCGGUUUAAAGCUUAACCAAAGUAAAUCUGAAGCAAUGUGGCUUGGAAAAAACGCAAAUAGGACUGAUACACUAUUUGGAGUUCAGUGGCCAAAAGGCCUAUCUCCGCCUUAGGGAUAUCAUUCUCUUACAAUCUAAAACUUUGCGAACAGGAAAAUUUUUCACAAAAAGAUAUGUAAAAUUCAAAAGCUGUUUAAUAUAUGGUCUCAAAGAGAUCUCUCACUUUAUGGCAAGAUAACAAUCGCCAAAACAUUAGGGCUAUCGAAACCUAUCUUUGUAAGUUCGUGCAUACAUACACCGCCUCAUUAUAUAGAUAUCACUAAUAGAUUGAUUACAGAUUUUGUCUGGAAUAACAAGAAACCAAAGAUAAAAAGGGAUACUCUUAUAGGUCCAAAAGAAAGAGGAGGGCUGGAUUUACCAGAAUUUGAGACUAUAUCCAAGUCGUUACAAAGUGCUUGGGUUCAAAGAAUGAAGAAUGGUGUAGAGGAUCAGUGGAUGUUAAUUCCUUUAUUUUAUUUGAAAAAUGUUGGAGGGCCAUUUAUUUUUGAUUGUGAUUAUGAUGUAAAAUUUCUAGGCCUAAACAACUUACCAAUAUUCUACGCUGAUGUUCUUAACACCUGGGCGGAAGUCCGAGAGCAAACUUCGGACAAUGAAAUCUGUGUUGAGAAUGUAAUCUUAUGGAAUAAUAAGCAUAUUUUAAUAGACGGUAAAUCAGUAUAUUAGAAAGAAUGGCAUGAAGCUGGUAUACUUAGAAUUAAAGACCUACUAGAUGAAAAAAACAGAUUCCUCACACUUAAUAAGUUUCUUUUAAAAACUGGCCUCAAGGCGCCUUUUACUAAGUUAUUUGGUUUAAUAUCAGCUAUACCUUAUAGAUGGAAGUGCGCUUUGAGACCGGGAUUUAUCAUGAACAAUCAAGAUAUGGAACAAAAUACAACUAAGGAAAUUAACGUGGUUACUAGCAAGAAGGUUCGCAAUAUACUUAUUCAAAGGAAAUUUGUAGAACCGUUGGCUAGCCUUCGACUAUGCAGGCAAGGAUUGGACAGUUCCAAACUUAGUUCUAUUUAUAUGCUCCCAUUUAAAAUAACUAAAGAAACAAAAUUAAGCAUAUUUCAAUAUAAGAUUGUUCAUAAUAUUCUUCCACACGGGGUUCUGUUACACAGAAUGAAAAUCGUAAACUCUCCUCUCUGCAUACAUUGUGAUUCCCUAGAAACGCUCUCCCAUAUGCUAGUUAACUAUAUAGUAAUUCAAAAGUUUUGGUUUGAAGUAAUUAGCUGGUGGAAAACUCACAGUGGUGAAUGUUUGCUAUUUGAUGACUUAAGUAUAAUGUAUGGCUAUAAUCCCGAAGAUCCUAAAAGGCAAAUCCUUAACUAUUAUAUCCUUCUUGGCAAGAGACAUAUCUUCCUGCAAAGGACCGAAAUUAAACCCGCAAGCUUUGAUCACUUUCUUGAAUUCGUUAAAGACAAGUUAAUUGUGCAAAGAUCGAUUUUUUAUUCCAAAGGACAAAAAGCAAAAUUUCUUUCACAAUGGAAGCCUCUCCUCUCCUGA